AUGCGUGCUUUCCGACAGUCAACUCACCUCUCCCGCCAGCUUCUUGCCGUCAAUGGGGUCCGCCACAACUCCACAACCGCACCAGCUACCAAGUCACUUACCUCUGUGCUUAUAGCGAACCGUGGGGAAAUUGCACUGCGUGUCGGUCGAACAGCCUCAGAGUAUGGCAUCCGCACAACCACCCUCUACACAGACCCAGAUGCGCGGUCACAACAUGCUCUGAGUUCACCAUAUGCCGUAAACCUGGGAGACCCCUCUGCAUAUCUCGAUGGAGACCGGAUAAUACAGAUCGCGAAAGAGCAGGGCUGCCAGGGCAUACACCCGGGUUAUGGAUUUUUGAGCGAGAACCCAACAUUUGCAAGGAAAUGUACAGAUGCUGGUUUGACCUUUAUUGGACCACCAUGGCAGGCGAUUGAGUCUAUGGGGAGUAAGAGUGAGUCGAAGGAUAUCAUGACCAAUGCCGGUGUACCGUGCAUCCCAGGUUACCACGGCUCAAAUCAAGAUCCCGACCACCUGAAGACUGAGGCAGGGAAGAUUGGCUACCCAGUCCUGCUCAAGGCAGUAAAAGGUGGAGGUGGCAAGGGCAUGAGAAUUGUCAACAAUGAGGGCGAGUUCUUCGACCAGCUCGCAUCGGCCAAGUCAGAAGCUCGAAACUCGUUUGGCGAUGAAGUCAUGUUGGUAGAGAAGUAUAUCACUACUCCGCGCCAUAUCGAAGUCCAGGUCUUCGCAGACAAGCAUGGCAACUGUGUUGCGUUGGGUGAGCGUGACUGUAGCAUCCAACGACGGCAUCAGAAAAUCCUAGAAGAAUCACCAGCGCCACACUUGAAGGAAGAUAUCCGGCAAGACAUCUGGGAAAAGGCAAGACAAGCUGCUCUGGCGGUGGGCUAUGAAGGCGCUGGAACCGUGGAAUUCAUCUUCGACAACGAGAGUGGCGAGUUCUUCUUCAUGGAGAUGAACACACGCUUACAAGUCGAGCAUCCCGUCACCGAGAUGGUCACAGGCGAAGACCUAGUCCGGUGGCAGCUCAUCGUCGCAGAAGGCGGUCGCCUACCACUAACCCAGCGGGAGAUUGAGGAGCGCAUCAGCGAGCGGGGACACGCCAUUGAAGCAAGGAUAUACGCUGAGAACCCGGAUAUGAACUUCAUUCCAGACUCGGGUCUCUUAUUACACCUGCGCACCCCAACACCAUCACCGACUGUACGCAUAGAUUCUGGUUUCAUCGCGGGAGAUGAAGUCUCGUCCCAUUACGACCCCAUGAUUUCAAAACUCAUCGUCCAGGGACCCACGCGACAGGCAGCGAUCCAGAAACUCCGCGCCGCGCUCGAAGAAUACGAAGUAGCUGGGCCGAUCACAAAUAUUGAAUUCAUCAAGCGCAUGUGUGUGAGUCCUGACUUCAUCGCUGGAGACGUGGAGACGGGAUAUAUCCAAAAGCACCACGCUGAGCUGUUCACGCCUGAGCCGUCAGCGCCAGAAGUGUAUGCACAAGCCGCCUUGGGUCUAGCACUGCAAGACAUUUCAUCAUCGCGCGGUAACGUAUUUUCUGGACUUCCAGUGACUGCCGUAGGAUUCGGACUUGGAGCCGGGUUCCAGCAACGAAUGUAUGACUUGAUUGAGAUACCCGCGGACGGCAAAGGCGAGAGUAAAGCAAGCAAAGUCACAAUCCGACAAACUGCGCCCGCGCAGUUCGACGUAACCGUAAAUGAAAAGACGUAUAGCAAUGUCACAUCUACCUUCUCGCCCAGCACGAACACCCUCACCUCCUUCUACCCACACACCCGCGUAGCAACAACAUUUGUCCGUGACGGAGACCGCCUUACCUUAUUCCAGCACGGCAAGCAGUUCCGCCUGCAGCAUGCGAUGCCAGAAUGGACCAAGAAGGCGCUGGGCGUCAAAGACGUCACGAAUUCCGUACUAGCCCCGAUGCCUUGCAAGGUGUUGAGGGUGGAAGUGAAAGAAGGGGACGUGGUGAAGAAGGAUCAAGCGCUUGUAGUGAUUGAAAGCAUGAAGAUGGAGACUGUCAUUAGAAGCCCAAGCGAUGGGGUUGUCAAGCGGGUGGUGCAUGGAAAGGGGGAUUUAUGCAAGGCGGGCACCGCGCUCGUUGAGUUUGAGGAGCCGGAGGACGGCUCCUUAUAAAAGUUGUCGGGUUUGGCGUUUGGCAAAAGAACGGGCAUUACGUAUUCACUGCAGAACUAGCAUGCUCAUGACAUCCACGGUGCUUAUCUUCUCUUUAGUUUACAUCCCCUGGAAAUAUCUUUUCCGUGACGUCCCCUCGUACUUCUACUGCGAUUAGAACAUACUGCCAUUGAUUGUACCAUUAAUCUAUUUACAUAGCCCAACUGAUCAGGAUGUGCAAUGUUCCAGGUGUUACUAUAGAGGUGGGGAUGAGAACGAGUUUCAGGCGUUGUAUGACUAAUUCGUUUUAUUCGUUAAGGAGACUGCGAGUGGG